UUUAGUUUUCUGCUUUGAAUGCCUUCAUAUUUCUGCAUUCAUUUAAAAUCUUUGCAGAAUUUUGCUUAAACUGAUCUGCUGUUAUUUAGAUGCAUAACCCCUAAUGAAGAAUCUGUAAAUGCUGAUAUUGACAGCUUCCAUCUUAAAGACUUACUGAUAAGUGUAUGAAUUGGGGUGGGACCAUACAACAAAUGAUCCCCUGGAUGUUGGGGCCUUGUUGAAGAACACAAGGCUUUUAGAUGUUGCUCUCUCUUGCCGUCUUUGUCUAUAAAAUCUGCAGAUUUUUCUUCAUGUUCAGCUCCACCAGCCUUACAGUUCCUGACUGCAGGAGCCAACAAGAAUCUCUGGCAGCAUCACCAGGCCUGAGUGCUGAUGUUCUGGAUGCGAUGGAUGCUGCACUCCCGCCACUGAGGGAGGCUCUGCGGAGACUGAAAGCGGCCACCUGUGUCUCUGAAACCAAGUGGGCAAUUGCUGAUAUCUUCCACCAGGUGGAGGCAGCAUGGGUCCUGCCAGCAGUGGGGAGAAAGGUAGCUGAAGAGAUCUGCCACACUGUCCGACUUGAAGGGGGACUGGACCUGCUUCUCCAGUUACUUCAGACUGCUAAAACUGAUGUCAAAGCGGGAAUCUGCAAGCUGCUGGAGCAAGUUCUUGUGGCAGAGAACAGAGAUCGCAUAGCUCGGAUGGGUCUGGGUGUAAUUCUGAACCUGUCCCGUGAGCGUGAGGAUGCCCAGCUCAUAGUGAGCACUUCAGGGAUCCUGGAACACAUGUUUAAACACACAGAAGAGACUUGCUUUCAACUAAUUACUAAUGGAGCCUUAGAUGCUGUGCUAUACUGGUGCCGCAGCACUGACCCAGCUGUUCAGCAACAUUGCGCUAUGGCUCUUGCCAACUGUGCUAUGCAUGGUGGCCACACCUGCCAGCGAUUGAUGAUUUCUAAACAGGCAGCUGAAUGGUUGUUUCCACUGGCCUUCUCCAAGGAGGAUGAGCUGAUACGUUUUCAUGCGUGUCUGGCUAUUACUGUGCUGGCUGCUAAUAAAGAGAUUGAAAAAGAAGUAGUCCGCUCAGGCACACUGGAACUUGUCGAGCCCUUUAUUGCUUCACUUGAUCCUGAUGAGUUUGCCAGCAAUCUCCUGCAAAAUGUAAAUAACACCCAAGGCAGAACAGCUGCUGACCUACAGCACUUGAUUCCAUUGUUGGAUGGAUCACGUGUGGAAGGGCAGUGCAUUGCAGCAUUUUAUCUCUGUGUUGAAACUGGAAUCAAGUCACGACAAAACAAUACAAAGGUAUUUCAGGAGAUUGGUGCUGUGCAAAGUCUCAAGAGGUUGGUGAGCUACUCCAGAGAUGGUAUCACAUCAGGUCUUGCUAAACGAGCAUUAAGAAUGAUGGGAGAGGACAUUCCACGCAGAAUUUCACCCACUGUACCAAAUUGGAAACCAAGUGAAGUGCAGACCUGGUUGCAGCAAAUAGGUUUCAUGUCUUAUAUUGAGCGCUUCCAGGGACUCCAGGUGGACGGGGACCUUCUAUUGCACUUAACAGAGCAAGACCUCAGCACUGACCUUGGAAUGACUACUGGGCUCACAAGGAAGAGGUUUCUCCGGGAACUGAGGGAGCUCAAAACCUAUGCAAACUACUCAACCUGUGACCCCAGCAACUUGGCAGACUGGCUUGGAGGUGUGGACCCCCGCUUCCGGCAGUACACUUAUAAUAUGUUGCAGUGUGGCUUGGAACGAUCCUCCUUGCCAAGUGUCACUGAGCAGCAGCUUCAAACUGACUGUGGCAUCGAAAAUGGGGUUCACCGCUACAAAAUCAUAGAAGCUGCCAAAGGAUUAUCUCAGGUAGCCACGCCCAACAGAACAGAAGAGUCGCAAGCGGAAGGUCCAGAUGUGUUUAUCAGCUACAGGAGGACAACUGGGUCUCAGCUUGCCAGCCUGUUAAAGGUUCAUCUACAAGUACGUGGCUUCAGUGUUUUCAUUGAUGUAGAAAAACUGGAGGCUGGUAAAUUUGAGGAUAAAUUGCUCCAAAGUGUAAAGCGAGCUCGUAAUUUCAUUCUGGUUUUGUCGGCUAAUGCACUGGAUAAGUGCAUGGGUGACCAAGACAUGAAAGACUGGGUCCACAAGGAGAUUGUUACUGCAUUGAAUGGUAAAAAGAACAUUGUUCCUGUUAUUGAUCAGUUUCAAUGGCCUGACCCUGAGAGCCUUCCUGAAGAUAUGAGGGCUGUCAUUAAAUUUAAUGGAGUCAUGUGGUCACAUGAGUACCAGGAAGCCACCAUUGACAAGAUUCUGCGCUUCCUGCAAGGUCGACCUAGUCAAGAUCUCGGAACCUUUCCCAAUGGUUUCCAAGGACCAGUGGUUCUUCCUCAUGGACAGAUGUAAAAAAUACCCUACUUGUGUUCAGGUGACCCACGAAACUGUGGUUGCCACAACACUUGUUCACCUUUUAGCCUUACCUUCCUUUCCUUAUUAAGCAUGCGCCUUCGCUGCCAGCUGUUUGCUGAUUCAUCCUGAUUAGUCCUUGCUGGCUUUUCAGGUCUGUAAAUACCAAAAAGCCACCUGCAGUCCUUUUCUAAAGGAUUCAGUGGUGUCGUCAUUGUGAUAAUGCAUAUGUUCAUUUUGUAAAUUUUCCCAUAGUUAAAAAGGGCCAUCAGUAGAAAUUGGCAGUAUGUGCUGGUUUAAUUAAAAUGUGUACAGUAGAGGAUAUGCUGCCAUAAUCACCUUUAGAGUUUUAUGCGAGUCAGGCAGUGGGCUAACCUGAAGAUGCCUCCAGGGAUCAGUGUUUUAUGGUGCUAAAUUAUGUAUGCAUUUGCAAGACAAACUGCAAAGGCACAGCUAAUAUGUUGUCUAAGGGUUCUGUUUUCUUGCUAUUCCAUGCAUUCAUUUUUAUUGAUAAAGUAAUUUAGAAUUUUUUUUCCCUUGGACAUGUAGUGCAGUUUGUAUUUAAUACUGCUGAACAACUGAUAUUUGCCUUCAGUUUUAAUAUUCUAAAUGUUUUAUGCACUUUUUUUUACCCUGUUUUAAAAGGUUUUUUUAUGCUCUUCUGUUCUAUUUAAAUAUAAAUUGAAGAUUUAAGUAAGAAUUUCUGGAAUAUUAUGAAUGCUUAUUUGAAAAAAGCUUUUUCUUGUUCACUUUAUUCCUAACUCAGGUUCUAAUGUUUCAGUAAUUUAAGUGAAAUAUGUAGAUUUUUCUUAAUGGUGUUAAGUUACUUCAAAUCCUAUUUACUUUCAUUGUUACCAGAAUGUUUAAUUUAUAGAUGAGAUUUUCCAUUUGUAUCAUUUUUGCAGCAAAUAGAGCGUAUGUUUAACAUCUUUUUGAAUACUUAAUGCAAGCAGUAUGCAAAAGUCUCUAUUCAAACAGCCAAAAGUACUUACGUUUGUAAGUUCUAUCAAGGUAAAAUCAUCUAAUGUGCCUUAUGGCUCACUAUACUUUGUGCAUUAGUGAUGCAUGUAGCGGUGGUUCAAAGGUUUGAGUUGGUGCUCAGGUGGUAUACACCAUUUGGCUUCUAUUUCUAUUGUGAUUAACAGCAGUUAGUUUGCCCUGAAUACCUUAAUGUUAUUUUACAAAAAUGUGUCUUAAAUCUCUGCUUCAUGCGCUUGUACAGAUGGAGGUGUCCAAAACUCAUUCAUCACAUUGCUUUGCUUGGUAUUUACCAAGUUGACUUUGUUUACCAGCAGCAUCCAAAAAAGUGUCAAUUUGUGCAUGGACUUUUGGUGAGGGGCUGGUAUUAACUUGUACAGUUGAAAAGUGACAUAACUACUGUUAAGGGCACCGACAGCAUGUUUCAUAUCAUGCAACAGAAUAUUUGAUUUUGCGUUUAGAAUUAGAAGAGGACAGUAUUCAUUAACAUAUCACACUAAUUGGAUUAUUUUGUAUGAAUAUUGUCAUGCUACAUUAUUAUAAAAUAAUAAAUACAAUCUACUUUCCUUACCUUUUUAUGACAAAUGCAUUCUAUGGAGUGGGGUUAAUUCUGUGCUUACUUUCAGAGUAACUGGAUUGUUUAACUCCACAGUCCUGUUCAUGGACUUUUUCCUUUUUGCCACACUAUCCUUUUGACAGGUCACCAUUUACUUUUUACUUUAAACAGUCAAAUACUCUGACAGAGUGUCCAGCAUGUUUAAGUUUUUCAUUUGUGAUCUCAUAAUACAGUUUCAUGCCAUUAUCAUUAGAAAUACCAUUAAUGCCUGUAUUAGCAAUUACAGACGUAGAAUAACCUGAUGGAACCAUUCAGUGAGAUUUCCAAGUACCUUUCAUUAUGUGCUGUGCUGUGAUGCUUCCAUGCCCUUUUGUUUUAUACUUGAAUGUUCUCUACUCUCUCUCUAGAUGCCAUAUUUGCUUAUUCAGUAUUUAAUAACAAAAAAUCAUUAUUAUAUACAGAUAUCAAAUUUACUUAUUUCUUCUAGCAAUCAGGCUGCUCUUCAAAACUCUCUAUCUAUCUAUCCAUCCAUUUUCCAACCCGCUGAAUCCGAACACAGGGUCACAGGGGUCUGCUGGAGCCAAUCUCAGCCAACACAGGGCACAAGGCAGGAACCAAUCCUGGACAGGGUGCCAACCCACCGCAGGACACACACAAACACACCCACACACCAAGCACACACUAGGGCCAAUUUAGAAUCGCCAAUCCACCUAACCUGCAUGUCUUUGGACUGUGGGAAGAAACCAGAGCACCCAGAGGAAACCCAUGCAGACACGGGGAGAACAUGCAAACUCCACGCUGGGAGGACCCAG